AUGCUGAAAUUCACCAAGGACGGUGUCUUUCAGAUUGCCGUCAUGGAGGAUCUGCAUUUUGGAGAGGAUGAGGCCACCUUUGGGCCUCCGUCUGAUCAAAACACACUUCGUGUCAUGAACACGAUCUUGGACGCGGAAGCACCGCAGCUCGUCGUACUGAAUGGUGACUUGAUCACCGGAGAGAACACUUUCAAAGAAAACUCAACAGACUAUAUCGACGUGAUAGUCAAACCUCUGGUGGAUAGGAAUCUGCCCUGGGCGUCGACUUAUGGAAACCAUGACAAUCAAUACAAUUUGUCAACGGAAGCAAUGCUGGAUCGGGAGCAGAGCUACCACUUGUCCCUUACGCAGAAGAUGGUAUCGACAGAGAAGUCUGGCGUAACGAAUUACUGGCUGCCCGUGUGUGCUCCUGAUGACAUUGGGGACGGUGUUCCUGCCAUGCUGCUCUGGUUUUUCGACAGUCGUGGAGGCGGAGAAUAUCAGAAAGAAAAUGCCCCGAUAGUCGGUGUUGUCGAUAGUACAGUUGCCGAUUGGUUUUCGAGUACCAACGCCGACCUGGUCAAGAAGUAUGGCAAAGUGAUACCCUCACUUGCGUUCGUCCAUAUUCCUGCGUAUGCCACAAACAGGUUCUCUAAUCAGGGGGUUGACCCAAACAAGGAACCUGGCAUCAACUUUGAUGCAGUGUCACACCAGGGAACGGCGUGUCCUGACGGUCCUUCCAGCUGUCGUUACUUGGGGACUGAUGAAUCAUUCAUGGAAUCGCUCGCGAAUACGGAAGGAUUGAUGGCUUUAUUUAGUGGACACGAUCAUGGUGACGACUGGUGCUUCAAAUGGAACUCACAGUUACCGGAUAUGAAGAUCACAGGAUCGGGGGUGAAGCUUUGUUUCGGUCGGCAUACUGGGUAUGGAGGUUAUGGACAGUGGACCAGAGGAAGUCGACAAAUUGUCGCUAAUCUACAAACCAUUCAAGACUUGGAGGUGGAAACCUGGAAUCGUUUGGAGACCCAAGCGAUCAGUGGGCGUGUCACGCUCAACUCGACCUACGGCGAUGACCAGUAUCCAGCGGUCCAAGGCUAA